GUCGAUGCGUUUAAUGAGGGUAUUAUAUAAUCCCGAUGGUACGGCAUGUAGCAUCCAUCUUCCAUCUUCCAUGAUGCAUUUGAAACCACGUCCGUCACUCAGCACACAGUGUCAUCACAUUCCUUCUCUCACUCGACCGACCAUGGUCAUCAUCAUGAUCAUCAUCACUCUGUCUCUUUGUCUCUAUGGCCUCCCAGAAGCACACACGUACCAAGACAGGAGUGACACAUCCACUCAUCCCUCCCUCCCUCCCUAGAGGGAGCCAGAUCAUCCCUCCAGGCAGCCCACCUCUCCCGUCCCCCUCGUCAUAUGAAAGGGUACAGGGCAUACUCAGCGUAGAAGAGGUCCCAUAUCCGCUUGUAGAACAGCUUCACGCUCCCCACGCUGCCCGGGUCAAGACCAAUCAAGUUCCGCACCACGAACGCCAUCAUCACUGCAUGUCCACCGAUCAUCGUCGACCGUCGAAAAGUGCCAAAUGGCGUCAGGGCGGCCGCAAGGAUGGCCCCGGUGUAGGCCAGCAUCAGCACGCAGGAGGCGGCCAGCGCCACCCGCUCGACGCCCACCCGCGUCGCGAAAGUGCUGAUGUUGUAUUGCCUGUCCCCCUGGACGUCCGGCAGGUCCUUGGUGACGGCAAUCACGCCGGCAAACACCGUCAUGAAGGAGGCGAGGAACAUCACAGGAGGGUUCCACGCGAAGGGCAGCCCCAGGGCCUGCCGGGCAGCGUAGUAGACGCCGAAGUUGAGCAGGAAGCCCCUCACACAAGCGAUGGUGGCGCCAGCGACCACGGGGAACCUCUUGAACUGGAAGGGAGGGACGCUGUAGAGGGCGCCGACUGUGAGCCCGAAGGCGUAGAGCUUGAAGAUCAGCCCGGGGUACCAGUGGCUCACAAUAGCCGGACCUGUAGGCAGACAACAACAUACACAGACGACCUGGAUGGAUGGAUGGAGAGAGAGAGAGAGAGAUGUGUGUGUGUCGGUUGCCCACCGGCCGAUCCGGCGAUCGUGACGAUGACCCACGCCCAGAAGAGGGAGAGGUCCUGGCUGGCCACUGGCAGGAAGGGCUUGUUGAUCUUGUCAAUGUCCACGUCAUAGAUCUGGUUGAUGCCCACGAUGAACACAUUCCCCAACAGCAGGCCUAGCAGACCCAUCAAGGCCCGCUGCAGCAGGCUGAACGAUACCGCAUUCGGGUACUCGAGCACCGCCCUCACCACUCCCACCAGAGAGGCCAGAAUGGUCCCCCGAAUCGUGUGCGGCCGCGAGAACUUGUAGAGGGUGCGGAAGAUGCCGUCAGGGAUGGCCUCUGUGCCCGUGUCCUCCACGUUCACAUCUCGCUCGGUGCUGACUGCAACGGGCGUGGCGGCAGUCAUCGCUACUGGCCGUCUUGGUCUCUUCUGCCAGCCGUAGGCCACAGAUGAUGAACAACAAGGCAUAUGAGUGCGCGCAAGAGGGGCGACGAAUGCAGCAGAUGAGAGCGGUGAGAGCAUCGCCAUCGCCAUCGCCAGGGCCGCUGCUGCACCGAUGAAGAUACACCGGCUGAGGCUGCAGUGGGGAUGAGGCCGCGGUCGAGCUGUGCUCCACUUCAUUGACAGGCCACACAUAGCUGAGCGUUGGCGCUUUGUGAAU